AAUCCCAUUACGUGAACAAAUAGCGGAGGGGCAGCAGGGCCAGAACGGCUUGUGUAACUGCAAACUUGUCAGAAAGUUUAAAAUCUUUCUUUUACUCUAGACACUGUGCGCUCUCUGGGACCGCCGCCUUUCAGGACUGGGAAAGGGGAGAGAAAGACCGUGCCACGUCCGACGGCCGCCUGGGCUGGGGGCAGGGUCUGCCGUCCGCCCUUGGCACGACUCCCUGCGACCCAUCCCCGCGCCUCGCCCUCCUCCCGGCGAGAAGCGGUCUCCUUCCUUCGCGGGAUCUGAGCCCUGUCUGCAUUUUCUCCCAGCCAGGUCCUCCCCAAAAGGGACUAUCCGGGAGAGCCAUGCGUUUCGCCUGGACCGUCCUUCUGUUGGGGUCGCUGCAGCUCUGUCCCCUUCUACGCUGCGCCCCGCAGGCCCCGAGGGAGCCACCCGCCGCCCCGGGCGCCUGGCGCCAGACAAUCCAAUGGGAGAACAAUGGGCAGGUGUUCAGUCUGCUGAGCCUGGGGGCGCAGUAUCAGCCGCAGCGACGCCGCGACCCUAGCGCCGCCGCUGCCCCGGGACCCGACGGCAAUGCCGCCCCGCAGCCGCGCACGCCCAUUCUGCUGCUGCGUGACAACCGCACGGCUGCUGCCCGUGCUCGGACACCAAGCCCGUCUGGGGUUGCCCCCAGCCGUCCCCGGCCCGCCGCCCGCCACUGGUUCCAAGCUGGCUUCUCGCCGUCGGGGGCUCGCGACGGUGCUUCACGGCGCCCAGGGAACCGGACUGAGUCGCCUCAGCUCCCGCAGCUCAGUAACCUGAGGCCUCCCAGCCACGUAGACCGCAUGGUGGGCGACGACCCCUACAACCCCUACAAAUACUCCGACGACAAUCCCUAUUAUAACUACUAUGACACCUAUGAGAGGCCCCGGCCUGGGAGCAGGUACCGACCCGGAUACGGCACCGGCUACUUCCAGUACGGUCUUCCGGACCUGGUGCCGGACCCCUACUACAUCCAGGCAUCUACGUAUGUGCAGAAGAUGUCUAUGUACAACUUGAGAUGCGCUGCGGAAGAAAACUGCCUGGCCAGUUCAGCAUACAGGGCGGAUGUCAGAGACUAUGAUCACAGGGUACUGCUACGAUUUCCCCAAAGAGUGAAAAACCAAGGGACAUCUGACUUCUUACCAAGCCGUCCCCGAUAUUCCUGGGAGUGGCACAGCUGUCACCAACAUUACCACAGCAUGGAUGAAUUCAGCCACUACGACCUGCUUGAUGCCAACACGCAGAGGAGAGUGGCUGAAGGCCACAAAGCCAGCUUCUGCCUUGAGGACACAUCCUGCGACUACGGGUACCACAGGCGCUUCGCAUGCACUGCGCACACACAGGGAUUGAGUCCCGGAUGUUAUGAUACCUAUGCAGCAGAUAUAGACUGCCAGUGGAUUGAUAUUACAGAUGUACAACCUGGAAACUACAUUCUAAAGGUCAGUGUAAACCCCAGCUACCUGGUGCCUGAAUCAGACUACAGUAACAAUGUUGUACGCUGUGACAUUCGCUACACAGGACACCAUGCCUAUGCCUCGGGCUGCACAAUUUCACCGUAUUAGAAAGCAAGCCCAACUCCCACUGGAUAAAGCAGUGCCUGGUGUUUGGAAACAUGAAAAACAUAGAUUAGCUUCAGUAGGAAGGACUUACAUAUUUUAAAAGGCAAACAACAAAAGAAGUUUUGUUUGGACUCUUUCAUAGCAAACAGUGUAACUGGAUUUUAAGCAUCUAAAUCAGCAUUAUUUGGGAAAUUUUAAAUACUUAUUCAUGUUGUUUUGUGAAUUAGCGGUGCUUCAGUUUUGUAGGUGCCUACUUGGCUCUUUCAAAGAACCCCAAAUUUCUUAUCUUCUUUUGAAAUUAUAGUGCAAAAGAGAAAAUGGUAUUUUAAUGAAUGAGCCAUAAUUUGAACUGAUUAUUUUCAAAAGUGCAGCAACCAGUCAAACAACAAGGAUGGGCUUAAGCUUGCCUCAAUACAGAUUGAUUUUAAAAUGAUAUUCCUACUGUGUGAGCAGGAAUGGAUACAUUUGGUGCUGAGGAAGGGUCAAAUACAUAACUCUUGUUGUCAGGAGAUAUUACUCUAUAGCAGAGAGAUGGCAAUAUAUGUAUUCAGAUAAUUAUAUCCCUAUAUAAAAUCAUGUUUACAUUUUUAAAUUGCUAGAUAAUUUCUUUCUGUUAAGUGCUUCACUUUACUCUGACUUGAGUCAACUUCUGUUUUGGAAUGAAUUAGAUCAUUCCAAAUUCCUGUCUGAUAUUUGCUGAUAUUCGCCUCUACACUUAGUUUUUCCUGUGGGCAGAAAUGUCUAACGUGGCAAUCUUCACAUUGUGUGGAUUGACAACAUAGGGGAAGCAAUUCGAUGUCAUGUAUGAUCAAGGUAGAGCAGAUACGCCUGCAGCACGUUCUACUGUUAGCCAGGAUGAAGUCACUGCUGACAUAGAGAUUACGUAAUGAAUCUCUAACACUACAGCCAUCUUUAAAACACUGUAAAAAGAAAUACUGGAAAAACCUUAUUUUAGGAUUUUUUUCAACUCUUCUACACUUCUAAAAUGUUCAACUAUUAAGGGGAAUGCUAAAAAAAAUGAAGUCAUCCAUAAUAUAUGACUACUGUGUGCAAUACAAGACCAUCAUCCUAGAUUCUGCAGGAAUUGGGUGUGCAUGUUUCUGUGUUAUUUACAAAAGACAGUCCAAAUCAGCGCAGCACAUAGCAUUGCAUACUUGAGAGGUUGGCGAGCAAGAGGGAAGCAGGCAUUUUCCGCGACGAAAACGCGGACUGUGCUCCACAAAGAGAUCUCUGUGACCUUACUUCAAACUGUGAAACCGUGCAACAGUAGAAAUUGGAAACUCUUAAAAAUUCAGAAGGUGCAGAAAGAAAUCAAGUUAGACUUUUAUGUUCCUGGUGCUUAAGCUGAAGUUUUCUUUUGUUAACCAGCAUUAAAAUCUCAAGUAAGGUGUUUACUGUGCCAAAACGUGUCAGGCAGACCUUUCCCAGCAAGCUGGGAUCCUGUCUUAUGUGUCAUAGAGUUGUUAAGGGUAACAAUUACUAAUCAUCAUGCUGUACUCACUGCUGCAGGGGCAGGUGAGAAGGGCCAGAGAUGGGCAGUUGCCAGGGGCAGAUAGCGCGGUACACAAUUCGUGUCUGCCUGAGCACGCACUUACCCAUAAACAUAUAAAGACAGAAGUUUGAUUGAGCUGGUACCUGAUUCAUGGGAUUGCUUCUUUGAUGUGCCUCCUUGCCUUAGAUUGCUUUUCAGUUUUAAAAUUGUAGAACGAUCCUUUCAAAUUAUAAUCAUUCUGAUAGAGAUAUUUUAAUAUACGUGCUUUUAAAAACAAAACAAAAACUACUGUCAGUAUUAAUACUGAAUCAGACUGGCAUGCAUAGAUUUAACAUCUCAUCUUACUAAGAUUCUCAACUCUAAAAAAUAGUAGGCUAAUAAUAUGACUUUUAGAUAAUUAGGAUAAUAGUUUCAGUGAGACCCUUAUCUCAUUAGUCAUCAUCAUAUGGAUAAACCAAGCAUUUACAUGCUAGACAUUGGAAAACAAAGCCUGUCCCUAACUUUACUAAGUACAAAAAUUAGGCUCACCUUUCAUUGUCAACUGUUAAAAAUAUGUCUAUAGAAUUUAAAAUUUAAGCACUACUAUUUGUCAUGGCCAUACUUUAUUUUUUCAAAACGUAAGUUAAAAGUUAUUAAUUAUAUACAUGUAUGUAUUUCUAUUAAUUAAAAUAUGUUUCAAAUCCAUAAAAUGUCUGCCUUUUAAAUGUAAUUUGGGAUUUUUGUUUCAGUUGAAAAGCUGUUUAUUCAUAAGCUUUUCUUUCCUUUCCACAAUUUUAAAACAAAACAAAAUGACUUGUAAGUACUGACACAGCACUUUAUAUAGUUAACUCUUGGGCAUGUGUUCUCCAAAUGACCAUCAAGCUCAUUGGUAAUUAGUUGGUUAAGAAUGAUAAUAAAAACCACAAGUUAGUCUAAAUUUUUAAAAAUAAAUGAGACUAACAGAGCUCCAAAGAUUGAAAAGAAACUUGUUUUUGCACUUAUAAAGGCUGUGGGGAGGGGGGGAGGAAAACAACAUAGGUAGGUCUACUCAUUGCCAUCUAAGUAGAAUCAUGAUAUUGAGAUCACAGAUCCCAUCUCCAGUGGGGCCUUGGCAUAUUCCCUAGGUGUUCUUCAUAACAGUAGUGUAUUGUUCUUUAAAGUUAGUGUGUUAGGUACAAGUGUGAACACCUUUCUUUAUGUUCAGAACCUAGAGGAAGGUUUCCCCUACCGAUCAUUAAUUAAGCAGAUUGUAAGAGGAUACUAAAGUCUUAGUCAGGAAAUACUUUAGAAAUUGUUUUCAUAUUCAAAUUCACAUAUACAAUGUAAAAAGUAAAUUUCAUUUCCAGAUUCCCUAAGUUCUGGGCCAUUUUGAAUACAGGUUUUGUUUAGUUUUCAAGCUGAAAUGGUGCUGAAUUAUCUUAACUUGAAUGUAAAAUGCAAGAAGUCUUAGCUCACGUGACACAGACAUUUAUAUAGCUGCUUGCUGCACACUAGGUCACAUGUCAUUUGGUAUGAGAACGUCUAUAAUGAAGUUGUGGUUUCUUCCAUUUUUUAUGGAAUUUUUAUUUGUAAAAACAUUUGUAACUUGUUUGAGGAGCUUAUAUUUUAAAUGCCGAGACACAGGCUUUCUCCUGCAUUCUCACCCUUUUUUAUUAUGUGCUGUAGCUGCAUGAUUACAUAAAAAUGCCUGAGAAAAUGAUUUCAAGUGUCUAAAGUGGUUAUUUGCCAUUACCUACAAGUAAAUGAUCUGAACUUCAUUUUUGAUUAAAACAUUAAAGCCAUGUAUAUGAUCUA